AUGCCGUGGAUAGACCAGGUGCCGGCCGUGGUGCAGGGCUGGUUCAACGGGAUGGAGAGCGGCAAUGCUAUAGCCGAUGUGCUAUUUGGAGACGUCAACCCUUCCGGAAAACUGAGCUUGUCGUUCCCACGCCGACUCGAGGACAACCCGGCCUUUCUCACCUUCAGAUCCAACAAGGGAGAAGUCGUGUACGGUGAAGACGUCUUUGUCGGCUACAGGUACUACGACAAGGUGGGGCGGCCUCCUCUCUUCGCCUUUGGACACGGGCUGUCAUACACUUCGUUCGGCCUCCAGAACCUGGCCGUCUCCAUUACCCAAACCACCUUGGUUGCAACAGUGGACGUGACCAACCAGGGGGACAUCCCCGGCAAAGAGGUGGUGCAGCUGUACGUCAGCCCGCCCGAGACGUCGGAGGUCGAGAGACCAAAGAAGGAGCUGAAGGGGUUCCGCAAAGUGCUCGUGCAGCCGCACGCAACUGAAACCGUCUCCAUUGAGGUUCCCCUCAGGUACGCCUCGUCGUACUUCGACGCGGAACGCCACCAGUGGUCUGUCGAAAAGGGAGAGUACAUGGUACUUGUCGGAAACAGCUCGGCGUCUCCGCUGUUGAGUGCCAGCUAUGAGCU